UCACACCUGUAGAGCAAUUAAAAAGUAGGCUUAAUCCCCUGCAGCUCCGGUUUCAUUUUUACCCAGGAUAAAUACACGUAUGUACGGCAUGCAUUUUCCUAAAAUCCCAAACAACUAAAAUAAAAUGAAGCUAUUGCUAAACUGCCUUGACUUCUGAAACCCAACUUUGAAGAAACUGAUUUCAGUGUUACAUUAAAAGCUUCUAAUUAUGGCCAAUAAGCAUUCCUUCAGCCCUUUCUCACUCCCCACAAACUCCCCAGGGCCACUGGCCGAGCCUGUGUGUGAGCCACCUAUAAAGGGGCAUUUAUUAUGAAAAGUUAUGAGUUGUUUUUCAUUUUAUGCCACUAUAAACAGCUUCCACACAGGCCCUUUCACUAACCAAAUGCCACCAACGCCAGACCAAGGGUCCCCCCCCUCACAAAAUCAAAUCUCCCCAAGUGUCCGGCCAGCAGAAAAAAAAGUAGUAGCGUGUUUUUAGGAAGUAAAAAAAAAAAUUUUUCAAUUUUCCAAGAAACAGUUGUAGGUUCUUCCCAAGCAGAUCUAACCAAAAAACAGAUGUUUUCUCUUUUCUUUUCAUUGUGUUUAAGAUGCCUGCUAACGCUUAUUAUAUGUGUUCAACAAAAUUCUCUCUGGCAAAUAAACUGCACACCUGAGAGUGGAAGCCGUAUUUCACAGAUCCCAAGAUCCAGGUAAAUGAAGACCGUGGAGUUCUUGCAAGCUGGUUCUGCUUUAAGUUCAAAACCAACGUGUGUUCCCUCGUCCACGGAAGAAGGCCUGCCCUACAGCGGAGCCCCUCUUAGAAGUCCCUUCAUUGAUACUGAAGCACAAAGUAGUGAAAGUGAGAAAUGCACUUACCAGGAGUCUCCUUCUGACCCGGGACAUACAGAACGACAGCCCAGCCCUCCUGGAGGACCGCGCCUGACGGCAGCCAGCGCUGUGCUAACAGUGGCCACCGCUGCACAGGCCUGCGGCCAUGGGUCUGAGUCCUGGGUUCCAAACACUUCUCUCCUUCCUGCGUCGCAGCGGAGGAAAGCAGAGUGGUGCCAGCUCCCGCAACUCUCGGUAAGGUGGGAUGGCUCUGGCGGACGCCGGCGAAGCGCACGGACCAGGCCCCACUUCCUCGGUCCCGCGGCGCGCCGCGAACUGGCCCGCUCCUCUCCUUCUGGCUCCUGUUUCCUUGAAUUGAACCAGUGGCCUGUGUGGAUGAGUGGCCCCCAGGACCCGGUCACCGCGUCCGUGACCAGCGCCGUGAGGGACCUUUGUCCCAGACGAAAACGAAAGCGCGCUGGCCCAGGGGUGCCUACGCCCUGCCGCGGAGGGCCGGCCGACACGCCGAGCGACUUUCUCCAAGUUCACUUGCAUUCCGGGGCCCGCCGGGCGGGCGGGCGGCGCGGGCCUGAACUUGCAGAGCCCGGCCGUCGGGCGGGCAGCAGGCUGCGGGCAGGCUUGGGGACAGCCCGGCGGCGCAGGCCCGGAGCACAAUGGGCGCCGCCGGGCGGGCAGGCGCGGGGACAGCGUGGGCCCGGCCGCCGUUCGUCUGGCGCUGCCCGGGCGCCGAAUGCGGCGGCGGCUUGGCACAGACGCGCCGCGCGCCCGGUGCAUGCUAAUGGCCGGCGGCCGCGCCAUGAAUUAUUCAGCAGCGGCGCAGAGAGGGUGAGCGCGGCGCGGAGGGCGACCCGGGCCGCGCAUCCCCCGCCACUGAGAAGCUGCCGCGGAGACUUCCCAAACUUUCCCGGGUCGGCACCGAGGAUGCGGCCCCCGCGGCGCCGCCGUCCCCGCCCGAGAGCGCGCCGGCCGCGCUUCCCCCGUUGCCGCCUAUUUUAUGUCUUUUGUCUCGGAGUUGGCACCUGUCCCAGAGAGCGCGUUUCCCUGCCCACCCCUUCGCCGCCGGAUCGGAGCGGGGGAGGGGGUACGGGGGACCCAGGGAGGAGGGGACGGGGUAAGCGAGGCUCCUGCGGGCCCUGCAGCCUGGAGAGACCGCCCGAGGGCGGCGGCCGUGCCCGCGAGCCCGGCACCCCGUUGCACCGAGAGGUCAGGGCUGCAGCCGCACCCGGAAUACAACGAGAUCGCCCACGGCCCCCUCCGUACCCGCUGCGGGGCGCGGGAGCUGCGGGGAGAAGUUCAAGGCCGCGGCUUUGGUCUCUCGGAGCCCGAUGGCGACGCUGCUGGCCGUGGGCCACACGGUUCCUUCUCAGGCCCCUCCCAGGGGUCAGGAUCGGCUGGGCUCCAGGGUCUGGACACUGGUUAGAAUGCCAAGGAGGCCACAGCGUCUUUUCCUGCCUGCUCCGCAGGGGCGCCUGAGUGAUUUCCAAACCACAGAGGGGCCAGCCUGGGCCUCCAAUUCUUAGGGACGCAAUGGACUUAGGAUUACUAUUCUCAGAUCCGCUCCCCCUGCCCAAACAUGCCCUGGCUCAAAGCCACAUGGACCUGACUGUCCCCAGAAGCCUGCGACAGCCUGUUGAUGGCCAGGACCCGAGAGAAACACGGCCUCCUGGGUCCUGUCUCAAUGUCUCUCCCCACCCCCUCAUUCCCCUGCCGGCCUUGGCAUUCUAACCAGUGCCCCUUGACGUCACAUCUCGCCAUUUCUGCCAACCAAUUGAAACUUGGCCGUUGUCAUAAAAAUAUAUAUACUUUUUAUGCCAUUGGUAAAUUCAAAAGUUUUUCUUGUGCCCUGCUUCCCAGGAAACUCCAUUUCACAUUGGAUCGGACUGCCUGGAAAGGGGGAACCAGUCACACUGGGCAAGGCUGGGAUGGGCAGCUCAGGCCCUGGCCGAGGGCUGCCUUCCACUGACCUGCCUUCCAAGGCUUCCUAGACCCCAGUUUAAAUUGUGUUAGACACCCCCUACACACACACCACUGCCACCACCUAUGACAUGCACAAUUUGGGGAGAGGAAAAGGAAAAACCCAGAAAACUUCCCAAAUUGCUUGGGGCGAGGGCUGGAAUUUUACUACAGCCUCUUCUUUUUAGGGAUA